UUCAUCAGUUCUUCCUUCGUCUACCUCGCAAUAAUCAAAUUCGUCCGACUGCAAUUUGCGAGUGCUGCACAUUUUUCAGCCUCUGUCUCGCCUUCUCGUUUUCUCUUCAUCUGCACAUCUCUGAAUAGGAACUUCGAGCCUCGAUCUGCCAGUUGUCAAGCUUGAGAGUGAGGUUUUGGGCGGUGAAUUGCUGGUUGAUUGUGAUUGCAGAGUUUGACUCUUUGCUCGAAUCUUUCUUGCAACAAUGAGCUCAGCUGGUGCCGAUUCGAAGGAGAGCUCCAGCAAGUGGAGCAAUCCGUUCAAAAAACAGGGAAACAAGGUGGCAGACGCUAAGCCCACAUCGAAUGACGAAAGUCACAAACAGGUGGCCUCCAAUAGCUCCACGAACGACAAAGCCGACAAGAAGGAUGGGAAGAAGAGAAAUUUGCCACCUCUCAACGUCCCAUACUUUCCCACGAGCUCUUUCCUCGGUCGCCUUUGAAAGAUUCAUCGAUGGAUCAUUCAGCAAGUUCUGGUCAUCCCGUCAGAAAUCCCAUACCGUGCUUUCGACAGUAAGAGGAGUAUAAAGUCGAUGUGGCAGCCGUGCACUAUCGGCUGUCAGUAAGUUCUAUGAAGUGAUGAGCGAGCUGUAUUAUGAGGAACCGUCCGAAAUUGCUUGCGAAAGAUGCAGUGCUCGGGGCUCUAGGCCUCUGCUACGGUUCGUGAAACAAUACUGGCCUGAUAAGCAGAGCUAAAAAUGUUUCGAAUUUGCAAGUUUUUCAUGGGAGACAGUCAUACACAGCUUCACAAUUAGCAGCUGCAGAUUCUGUAGUGUAGUUGUAGGUGAGCCAGAUUGUCCAGAUGUGCACCAUGUUCAUGCGCCUAGCACUGCCCGGCAUUACGUCUUCCUCCACUCCUGAGCUGAGCUGAGCUGAGCUGCUGUACCGAGUCUACUGAGCUGAGCAUCCGAGAGGUUGCGUAACUUCGUGAUACACCUCACUGACCGCGUGGAUAUGAGCUUUCAGCGGAUGUGAAAGUCACAUGGAUCCCAAAGCAUGUCCUUCUGGUCCUUUGAUAGGACAUAUAUCACAGAUCGUCCAACUGACACCAUAUACGCACAUUUCUGUUUAAGUAUACGUAUGGUUCGAUCGGUGAGUAACUAGAGGCCGUCGCAGUCCUGUUUGAUGAGUACGUAGAGACGUCACAUGAAGGAUUGAUGUAUCUGCGGUGCUCUAUUGACGAACACGCUUAAUAAGACUGAUACUGCAGCUCACCUUCU